UGAGUCUGCUUGUCGCCUUAAAUCAUGCAGUUCCGCUGUUGGAACGAAAAAUCAUCAUAACUUAUCUUGUCCGUUUAUGAACAACAGUCCAGACAGCGAUUUCGCUAUCAAGUUGUAAUUCUUGAACCAGAUAUUUUGGGGUCAAUUAUUUUACAAGUAAAACAACAGGUGUAAAGUUGUACGCGUGGGUUACCCCUGGUUCAGUGGUGUGUGACGUGGUGGUCACGACGCGUGUCAAAUUGCGGUCGACCGGACUUACUGUACUACAGUACACAUGCUGGCAUUGAAAAAAACACAAAUCGUGCUGACUAUUCUCUGCCAGGGACGGCAAAAGUCGGUUUAUAUUUCUUCUCCAGAGUUUACAGAGUCGCGGAAGUUCCACUUAAAAUGCCUCGUGUAAACUGAGUAGUGCUUCAAAGAACUUGAUGUGACUGCAGUUGAGCUGUUUCUGUGGAGUUAGGUCACGUUUUAUGCCACUUUUUUUGCGGGAAGUAACAUUGAGAAUGCCAACACAAGGAAAGUCCGUGAGGAAUACGGGGAGGCGUUGCGUAGCCCGGUAUUGCCCGGGGACAGAGGGUCGUGUGGCCCCGUGGAGGUUGAGGACGGUGUACGCUGGGAUGGGCUGGAGGUUCGUUGUCUUGGGACUUGUUUGGUGGUGUUUGCUGGGUGUUGUCCGACCUUUCAAUCUGGACACGAGUGCCCCUGUGUCGUAUGAAGGACCCUCACUGAGCUAUUUUGGAUAUUCGGUACUUUUGCAUGAGAAUUACGCUGGAAAAUUGCUGUUAGUCGGUGCCCCGACUGCAAACUCAGUACACCAGUUACCAUUAGUGCGACCCGGUGCGCUAUAUCAAUGUGGACUCUCCUCUUGGCGUACAGCUUUAGCAUGCCAGCAGGUUAAAUUGGAUGACAAAGGUAAUGAGAGAAGUCUUCCUGGCGCGAGACCACGAUUUCUCGACGCCAAAGACAACCAGUGGCUAGGGGUCUCCCUAACACGGCAAAACAUCGGACCAAACGGCAGAGUCACCACCUGCGCUCAUCGGUGGGCCAAUGCGUACUUUGCCAUCACUGCCGAGGUGGUCAUGCCCAAUGGCGUGUGCUUCACUAUGGAGAGUGAUUUACAAGUCGUCAACAAGAGUAUCCCUUGUAUACAUGAAAUCCAAAUUAAAUCGGAUGCCAAUGGCCGUGGCAUCGCCUGGCAUGGCUGGUGCCAAGCCGGCUUCAGCGCCGAGUACACGGCGGACGGAGAGACGCUGAUGGUUGGCGCGGUGGGCUCCCUCGCUUGGCGAGGAAGUGUGGUAUCCAUUGACAACGCUAACACCAUGACAAUGUCCGAUGUGACCACAUGGUACCCAACUGGGGAGGAGGAUGAAAGUUAUAUAGGAUAUGCGGUAACGUCGGGUCACUUCCUAUCGAGGUCUUCGACCCAGGGCGCCGUCGGAGCUCCCAGGGCCUACCAGAGGGGCAAGGUGUACAUCUACGACCUGCUAGACUUCACCUUACUGACGCAGAUUAAAGGCCAAUCGAUGGGCACGUAUUUCGGGGCUGCUGUGAGGGGAAUGGACCUGAACAAUGACGGCUUGACAGAUUUACUGGUCGGAGCCCCACUCUAUUCCGUCAAUCAGGACGAAGGCAGAGUCUACAUGUAUAUAAAUGACGGUAAUGCCAUCAUGAGACAGCUACCAGAGACCUUAUCUGGCUCCAGCAUGGUGAAUGCCCGGUUUGGGUCGGCCAUCGCUGAUGGCGGUGACCUCAACAUGGACGGUUUCAAAGAUGUAGUAAUCGGUGCACCCUUUGAAGAUGACAACAGUGGGGCAGUGUACAUCUAUCACGGUGGGGAGACGGGACUCAAGACCACUUUUGCUCAGAGGCUAUCUGGCCGUACCUUCACUCCUCACCUGAAAUCCUUUGGCAGUGCUCUAUCGGGCGGUAUCGACAUGGAUGGUAACCAGUACCCGGACCUUCUCAUUGGAGCUCACCAGAGCAACAGGGCUGUCUUGUACUUAAGCCGACCAGUGAUUAAGAUGCACGCAUCCAUCGUUGUGAAAGGAACGCCCAUCGAUCUCAACCGCACAACGUGCGUGUCCGAAGGUCGAUUGGUACCCUGCGUCAGGGUGGUGUCCUGCUUCAUGUACAGCGGUGUGGGCUUGCCAGAAAAUGUCGCCAUUAACUACACCUUAGAAGCGGACACCCUCAAGAGGCAGACCGGUCUUCCGGGUCGCGUCACCUUUGUGGAGAACGCUGUCCGUCGUGGAAGCACUAUCUCCCAGAAUCUCCAGCUCAGAGCCGGCCUGCCGACAUGCCAAGACAGGGAGGCACAUAUCGAUGUCAACAUGAAAGACUACCUCAGCCCCUUGCCCUUCCGUUUGACCUUUGACAUCAGGACAACGGAGAAUUCCAUUGGUCAACCUGUUACGCAGUGUACCGGUUUGUGUCCCAUGCUGGAUAUGUACUCGCCCAGCAAGAUUAUCAAACAGGUUGGCUUCAUUUUCAAUUGUGGGGAAGACUCUGUCUGUGAGACAGAUCUCCAGUUACAAGCAACGUUACUUCCUAAAAGGGGUACGCCUUACAUACCCUACGGCAACGAAGAGAACCUGUUUGUGGAGAUCACACUGACCAAUCAGGGUGAGGAAGCCCACCUGGCCCAGGUCAUCGUCACGCAUCCCGAGGACAUCACGUUUGUCCGAGUGGAAAGUGACUGGAGGAAAGAAACGCUGGUUCUCUGCGGGCCGGAAAAAGGAGAGAACAUGACCGCCAAGGUGGUCUGUGACGUGGAUAACCCCAUGAGAGCUUUCUCCAAGAGUUUUUUCAGAGUAAAGCUCUUUGUUCCGUUCCUGACUAACGAAACGACCAGCAUCCAGGUCACAGCAGAAGCCACGACGACAAGCACAGAAGCCAACAGCACACUGUACAACAACAUGGUGGAGAUGAACCUACCGGUCAAAAUAGAGGCGGACGUUACCAUAUCCGGGGUCACCCAUCCCUCUGAAAUCAUAUUUGGCCAAAAGAAGAAGAAAGAAGAGACGAGCUCCGGGCACGAGACAGCCGGAAUGGAUGACGUCCUCACAAACCUCAAGAAGAACACGACAGGUUUGGAGCAGGAUACUAUCAACCAAGCCAGCAUCGGGCCCAAAUUCAAACACAUCUAUGACGCACGGAACUUAGGCCCCAGCACCAUCCCAUACCUGACAACAGUCAACAUCAGCUUGCCCUGGAAGACAAAGGAUGGGGACUGGUUGCUGUACUUCACACAUAUCGAGUUAAAAGGCACAGGACGGUGUAAAUACGACCACAUACUGCAGCAACAGCACAAAGAGUUGCAGACGUACAUCAAUACCACCAACUCAAAGAGUAGUUCCUUGCAAUUCUUCAGCUCUGGGGAGGCGUUAGUUGUCGACUGUCAGACUGCCCAGUGUGCCACCAUCUUCUGCAUGAUUGACAACCUGCAGAUGGGCGAGGGCGCAGUCAUCGAAAUCCAGGCGCGGUUCUACGAAAAGACGCUGAUUGAGUCUGGAUACGACACCAUCAAGCUUCGCAGUCUAGCCAGAGUCAGAGUGGAGAACCAUAACAGCGCUCACGUACAGCCUCCCGACGGCCGGCCAGACAGUAUAGUGAUUCAAACGGUAGCUUUCACAGAGUCAUCAGUGACGACGAAGAACGUUCCCACAUGGGUGCUUGCUGUCGGCAUACUGGCAGGGAUCAUGCUCUUGCUUGUUGUGAUCCUGGGCAUGUGGAAGUGUGGUUUCUUCCGACGGAAGCAGCGUGAAGAGAUGCAGAAACUCAUCAACGACAAGGAGGAUGAGACGGAAUCUCUCUACCACGACGGAGACGUCAACCAUCUCAAAGAUCCAUUCCAAGACGACGAAGAUUGACCUCUGCAAAAGGUCAACCAAAAGUAAGAAUUAAGAAAAAAGACCCAGGAGCUUGGUCCAGCCAAUAACAGUAAUUUGUUUUUACAUUACAGUAUUUAUUUUUGGUAAAAUACAAUCAAAGAAAUGCAAAUAGAUUCAGGAUAAUAAUUGCGAUUACAAAACAAAUUUUAGCAUUUUUAAAUUGUUCUUUAAGCCGUUACGGAGGUGGAACCAUGCUCGCGCGCAAGUCUUAUACCCCACUCAUUGAUCCUUUGACGUACAUGUGUAUGCACUCUCAAGUACCCCCUCAACGGUUAAAAAGGGAGAGUUGCUGGAAACCCGCUCGGAAGAUCUCCUGAAUACAUUACUGAAGGUGUCAAACACUCACGCGUACUGGUUCUUUGCAUAUUAAGAAGAGAAUCAGUCGUGCGUACUUCGCGUAAUACGUGCAUAUUUAGAAUAGAAUCAGUCGUGCGUACUUCGCGUAAUACGUGCAUAUUUAGAAUAGAAUCAGUCGUGCGUACUUCGUGUAAUACGUGCAGAUUUAGAAUAGAAUCAGUCGUGCGUACUUCGCGUAAUACGUGCAUAUUUGGAAUAGAAUCAGUCAUGCGUACUUCGCAUAGUACGUGCAAAACCUGAAAACGCAUGCGAUGUGACCCUCCACUGGAACUCACGAAAAUGGCCAAAAAAAGUGCCACCGCUUGUUAGUGAAUGCGCGCCCCAACUUUAAGAACUUGUGCGACUGUGGGCUAAUGUGGUUCUACCUCAGAAACAAAUUGAUCUGUAAGGCCAUGUGAAAAAAAAAAACUUACCAGUUGAUCAGCCGAGUUUUUCAAAAAGAGGAGGGAUAAGGCCACAAAAAAAAGUCUCCGGUUUCUGGUAUGGAGCUUGCCCAAACAGUGGUGCGGCGA